AAAAGUAUGAAAAGUCUUAUUGUGACAAACAAAAGUUCAAAGUGUCCCAUUUUUCCAAUUCUACCUUAAGAGAAACCGUAAACACACAUGUCUCAAAAUAAAUCCCCAAAAUAAAAGCUUUGGUCGAAAAUCGAGUUGGGAGAGGAGGAGAAUGACGACGACAGAGGAGAACGUUUCGGAGGAGGAGUAUGUUUCGGCGGAGGAGUACGCAAGAGUGCGUGACGAUUACUGGCGUGUUGUGCAAGAAUCUGAAGGUUUUGAUCUCGAGGAUGUUUCAAUUCCAUCAUAUAUGUGUGGAACACCAAUUCUUGUAAUGAGGACUUUCCAAGGCCAUAAUGAUCGUUAUCCUUACGUUGAUUUGGUGAAGGGUUAUUGUAUGGCGGGACUGCAGCGUUAUAAUAUUAUCCAGGGGACAAACUACCAGCUGUCUUCCCUAAUCAAAUUCAACAUGACUAUUAACGCUUUGAGCUCGUACUACCUGACCCUGUUAGCACAAGAUCCAGAUGUUUGCUCAGCUGUUAAGACCUUUCAAGUUCGCAUUGAUGAAAAAUCCUAUGGGCGUUUGGACUUCACUUGUUCUGUUUCUAGAAUCAAAGAAGAAGCUAAAGGUGAAGGUGAAUCAGCCAAAGAGCCAUUCGUACCACACUAUCAUGGUGGUCCAGAGGCCACCGUUCCUUUCGUUGGUGAAUUGCCUCGCUGGCCAUCCGAGGUUGAUUUGAGUGAUGGAAAACGAUUUUACAUGGUGAAACGAUCAGAGUUGGAAGCCAAUUAUUGGAUUUUGACGUAUUUGGUACUUGUCAUUUACUCACAUGAUAAGCUUAUCGUAACGAGGGACCGUCACUAUCAGUCCAAGUUAGAGAUUAUUAAUGUGGUCAUAGAAACUAGUGCUGAUGAUUCGGUCCCGUCAAAAGAGAGACUCAAGGCCAAAAGUGCACAGGUUUACAUAACCUUCAAGGGCUUGGCUGAGCCUCAAGCUCCUCGACAGAGUUUUGAAGUUGGUCUACAUGUUGAGCGGAGAGCUAUAGUUAGAAGAGUCAUCUGUGAGAGCACAGGAGCGAUGAGCCUCUUGGGUAAGCUUUGUGAUGGUAAAUUUACUGGAAAGCAUCGUUCUGUGACAAGCAGGGGUGGAGAAGAAGCCCAGAGUUCUAAAAAAGCUCGGACUCGCCGUCGUUCUUAGACCAUGACAGGUCCAUUUAACAAUGUGGAUCAGAUUAACAAACUGAGUUAUGUUUUUGCGUCUGGUGGAUUUGUGUUUUUUUUUCCUGUGAAAUUGGCAAUAUCUAGU